CUGGAAAAAAAAAAUCUUUGAUUAAUUAAUUUUAUUAAACCAAGGCCAACAUUGAUUGCAACUACAAGAUUAUGGUCUGUCUGAUUUGUAAUUAUUUCCUAAAUUUAUAGUUGAAUCCGCCGCCGCUUACGAACUUGAAAUUUGAUCGCAUUUAUUUAAUCCGCAAAUCUCGCCUCGCACCUUCCGCCGCUCCUUCCUCUGCUCAAUCUUUCACGAACAGUUCAUUUGAAUCACUAAAAAAAAAAUCGUUUUUUUAUUCUUUGGAGCCUUUUUUUGCAGUUAAUUGUGUUAGAAAUCGUAGUACUUGAGGUCGUCGAAAGCUGCUUGCUUUCGCCUGAAUCGCCGGCGAUCGAUGCGAUCUUGUUGGUAGAUUUUGAUGGGCAAUUCUUGCCGGGGAUCCUUCAGAGACAAGCACCGCCAGAAUAGUUUUUUCAUGACCGGGGAGCGGCCGGCGUCGAAGCGCCACCAGGGCUCCGAGACCGACGACACGUCCAAGAAGGCCCAGCUGAAGCAGCGCGACGCCGCCUCCAUCGCCGCUACCCCCACCGUUGCCAUGAGGCGGAGCUCCGACCCCGGCUCCAACUCUGUGCUCGGCCACAGGACCCCUAACCUCCGGGAGCUCUACGUGCUGGGACGGAAGCUCGGGCAGGGGCAGUUCGGCACCACGUACCUUUGCACCGAGAUCACCACCGGGGUCCAGUACGCCUGUAAGACCAUCGCCAAGCGGAAGCUGAUCUCGAAGGAGGACGUGGGGGACGUGCGGCGGGAGAUCCAGAUCAUGCACCACCUGGCAGGGCACAAGAACGUCGUCACCAUCAAGGGCGCCUACGAGGACCAGCUGUAUGUGCACAUCGUAAUGGAGCUGUGCUCCGGCGGGGAGCUCUUCGAUCGGAUCAUCGAGAGGGGGCAUUACAGCGAGCGAAAGGCGGCUGAGCUUAUCCGGAUCAUCGUGGGCGUCGUGGAAGCUUGCCACUCGCUCGGUGUUAUGCACCGAGACCUGAAGCCAGAAAAUUUCUUGUUGGUUAACAAGGACGACGAUUCCUCCCUCAAGGCCAUUGAUUUCGGCCUCUCUGUGUUCUUCAAGCCAGGUCAAAUUUUUACUGAUGUGGUUGGAAGCCCAUACUAUGUUGCUCCUGAAGUACUUUGCAAGCAUUACGGACCAGAAGCUGAUGUUUGGACUGCUGGUGUUAUAUUAUAUAUUCUGUUGAGUGGUGUCCCUCCCUUUUGGGCAGAAACACAGCAAGGAAUUUUUGAUGCAAUUUUGAAGGGAGUCAUUGAUUUUGAAUCAGAUCCAUGGCCAUUGAUCUCAGAAAGUGCCAAAGAUCUCAUAAGGAACAUGCUAUGUUCUAAACCUUCAGAACGCUUGACAGCCCAUCAAGUACUAUGUCAUCCUUGGAUUUGUGAUCAUGGAGUUGCUCCUGAUCGAGCACUUGAUCCGGCUGUUCUUUCUCGCCUCAAACAAUUCUCUGCAAUGAAUAAGUUAAAGAAGAUGGCUUUGCGAGUUAUAGCGGAAAGCCUUUCGGAGGAAGAGAUUGCGGGAUUAAGAGAAAUGUUCAAGGCAAUGGACACAGACAACAGUGGGUCGAUUACCUUUGAUGAGCUUAAAGCAGGUUUCAGAAGAUAUGGUUCGACUUUAAAGGAUACAGAGAUUCGUGAUCUAAUGGAAGCAGCAGAUGUGGACAACAGCGGAACCAUCGACUAUGGUGAAUUCAUUGCUGCGACAGUACAUCUCAACAAGCUAGAGCGCGAGGAACACUUGGCGGCGGCUUUUUCAUACUUCGACAAGGAUGGAAGUGGUUAUAUCACAGUUGACGAGCUUCAGCAAGCUUGCAAAGAGCAUAAUAUGACUGAUGCUUUUCUCGAAGACAUCAUUAAAGAAGUGGAUCAGGAUAAUGAUGGCCGCAUUGAUUACGGUGAGUUUGUUGCUAUGAUGCAAAAGGGUACCAUGGGAUUGGGACUCGGUCGGCGGACAAUGAGGAACAGUUUAAACAUAAGCAUGAGGGAUUCUCCAGGACCUUUCUGAGCACACUUCUCACUGGUUGGAUUCUGUUUUCUUCUUGGCAUUCAUGUUUCUGCGAAACGAAUAUGAAACAACCGAAAAUAUGAGAUUGUCAUGUUAUUUUUUUUAAAAAUCACAAAAUACGUCUCGAUUAA